UCCAUUAUUAUCAAUACCAAAUCAAACUCUGCAAUUAUGUUUCCCGAGAUGCCCUAAAUUCAUAUUUCUAGGUAAAUCAGUAAAUUAAAUCUUCCAAAGAAGUAAGAUAUUACCAAAUUAAGUAUAAUUAGUAGUGGACCAAAGGGAUACUCGAGUGUAUAUAGAUUCUUAUAUGAAGCUUCGUCGUUUCUAACAUCAAGCGCCAGAAUCUUAACUCUUCCUCCGAGAGCAGAUUUUCUCCUAAUAAUCAAUUACAUGCUAUUGUGCCGAACACAGACCACUGUAAACUAUUAAUUUAGUGCUGCGAUCUGAGAAUGGGGUCCUUCAUACGGCAGCGUCUUGAUAAAAAACACAUUAGGGUUUGCAGUAGCAAACCCAAUAAUCAGGAGUGUCGUAAAGAAGAAAUGGAUAGCAUCGAGGAAGAGUUCGGAUGCGACUAUAAAACCCAGGAGGACUCCAUCUCUUCACUUUUAUCUAGGAAUGGAAGGCAGAGUAUUCCUUCUUGUGGAUUGAAAAGAAGUGUAACUGGAAUUAGUCAGAUCUCUGAGGACCCAAGCAACGAAAAAAGUGUUAUUGAGGUGUGCAAGAAAAGGGGCUCAUCAUCGCAGUACAGGGGCGUUGUUCUACAAUCAAACGGUAAGUGGGGCGCCCAGAUUUAUGAAAAAUACAGGCGGGUCUGGCUCGGUUCAUUCGACACGGAAGAAGAAGCAGCGCAAUCUUACGAUACAGCUGCAUUCAGAAUACGUGGCCACAAAGCCAUCACCAACUUCAUCAUCCGUAUGGACGAAACUCACCCGGAGGCGAUCUUUCUCCGCCGCCAUUCUGAGGCAGAGAUUGUCAAUAUGCUGAGAUCACACACCUACCAUGAAGAACUCCACAACUUCUACAAAAGUAACGACCGGACCUUAGUCACCGAUUCGAUCCGGUCGAUGUCAGAGAUCUCAGUAUUCCCGAGGGAGCACCUGUUUGACAAGGCCUUGACGCCCAGCGAUGUGGGGAAGCUGAACCGGCUGGUAAUACCCAAACACCAUGCCCAGCGAUGUUUCCCUCUCGAAGAUGCCCAAGCAGAAAACGGUAUCAUGUUAAAUUUUGAAGACACCACAGGCAAAAAAUGGAGAUUCAAGUAUUCAUACUGGAGUAGCAGCAAGAGCUACGUGCUCACUAGGGGCUGGAGAGGCUUCAUCAGGGACAAGCACAUCAACACCGGGGAUAUCGUGACCUUCCACCGUAGUACUGGUGGUUCUCGGCAACUGUAUAUUAGUUUCCGCCUCCAGACCUGCAAUUUCCAUCCUUACAAACAAUUAGGUCUUGGUGAUUUUCAUGUUCCUACGCUUAGCUAUAGCCAGUCGAACCGGGUAUUGUACUUGCCCCAAUCGAUUGAGCAUAGAUCUAGAGUGUUUAACUCUUUCAUCCCAUGGUUAAUCCCUGUCCCACCCAAUUGUUCAACUGCUUAUGACUUCUUCAGUCUCUCUUCAUUGAAACACUCAGAGUCUGAUAAGAGAAAGAUGUGGCCGUUGCAUCAUCCAAAUCUGCCAAGGAAAAUUUUAUCUUCGCCUGGUUCAGCUUAUCCUUCACGGGUUAUGUUGUUUGGAGUAAAUCUAGGUUUACUAUCUUCAUCCACAUCGAAUCCUCUUCCAUCCGGCACAGCUGACAAGAAAAGAGAAUAAUAAUACUGUUGAAACGAUCCAAAAGUUAAGGUCGAAUGUGAAGGCAGCAGAGAGAAGUUCGAAGUGCCAUAAAACACUGUAAGUACCUUCUGGAAAACAUAUACGGAUUUGUGACUGAAUUCCUAUUUUUAUAAUAAAAUUAUAGAACACCUUUGUCAUUGUAAUUGUA